UGUGUGUGUGUGUGUGUUUUUGUUGGGGGAAAAAAAAAAGUUGUCGGUGGUCGGGUCGUGUGAACGUAGCGUGUCCGUCGUCCGUCGUCCGCCCCUCGCCUCGGUAGCAGCGGGGGAACGCGACUCGCCUCAGUUCGGCCCACGUCGGAGAGCGAGCGAGCUUUCGCGUCCCGCGGCUCGGACUGAGAAGGAGGAGGAGGAGGAGGAGAAGAAGGAAAGAAAGGAAGAAGAAAGAAAAAAAAAAGAAGCCCCAGUGGCCAUCAUCGCUUCACCUCUGCCGUCUCGUUAGCCACCUAGCUAGCUCCGCCGCUAGCUCCGCCGCUAGCCCGACGAGAAGGGAACGCUGCCUCGUUGUUGGAGAGCGCGAGUGGGUUUCUUGUGGCAACUUCCAGCUUUGGUGGAGGAGGAGGAGGAGGUGGUGGUGGUGGUGGUGGGAGAGCGAGAAGGAGGAGGGAGAAAAGAGAAGAAGAAGAAGAAGAAGAAGAAGAAGCCACCGCAGCCAUGGCGGAAACCAAAAUCAUUUAUCACAUCGACGAGGAGGAGACGCCGUACUUGGUGAAGAUCCCCAUCGCCGCCGAGAGUAUCACUCUGCUGGAUUUCAAACAGGUCCUGAACAAGCCCAACUACAAGUUCUUCUUCAAGUCUAUGGACCAGGACUUCGGGGUGGUGAAAGAAGAGAUUUCUGACGACGGUGCCAAGUUGCCAUGUUUCAACGGCCGAGUGGUGUCAUGGUUGGUAUCUUCAGACACUCCGGCAGCGGAGCCUCCAGUUGCGGUGGUUCCUCCCGUGGAAACGACUACCCAGCCUUCGCCACCUCCUCCGCCCCUGCCCCCACCACCCGUGGAGAGGACAGGGGGCAUCGGGGAUUCCAGACCUCCCUCCUUCCAUCCCAAUGCCACAGGCAGCGUGGAGACUUUGGACGACCAGACUGAAACAGAGUCUGUAGUUUCUUUUAGGAGAGAGAGACCUCGUCACCGAGAGGGCAUGGAGCAACACGGGCCUCGUAUGAAUGGCCAGAGUCGUCUGGAGCGCCACCUGGCAGGGUACGAGAGCUCCAGCACAGUGAUGAGCAGCGAGCUGGAAACGACCAGCUUCUGUGACUCCGAGGACGACGACACCAUGAGCAGGUUCAGUAGUGCAACAGAGCAAAGCACAGCCUCCAGGCUUCUCAAGCGGCACCGCCGACGCAGGAAACAGCGCCCCCCACGUCUAGAGAGGGCCUCCUCCUUCAGCAGCGUGACAGACUCCACGAUGUCCUUGAACAUCAUCACCGUCACCCUAAACAUGGAGAAGUACAACUUCUUGGGCAUCAGUAUUGUGGGUCAGAGCAAUGAAAGGGGUGAUGGAGGAAUCUACAUCGGCUCCAUCAUGAAGGGAGGAGCAGUGGCCGCCGACGGACGCAUAGAGCCUGGUGACAUGCUGCUGCAGGUGAACGACAUCAACUUUGAAAACAUGAGUAACGACGACGCGGUGCGGGUACUGAGGGAGAUUGUACACAAGCCUGGACCCAUCAUCCUGACGGUGGCCAAGUGUUGGGACCCCUCUCCUCAGGGCUACUUCACUCUGCCUCGCAAGUUUCCAAUUCUCUUGACUUGUGUAGACGAACCGAUCCGACCCAUCGACCCAGCAGCGUGGGUCAGCCACUCUGUGGCCAUGACCGGGGCUUACCCUCCCUACCCAGGCAGCUCCUCCCUCAGCACCAUCACCUCAUCCUCCUCGGUCACCGAGACUGAACGUUUUGACGACUUCAAUUUAUCACUACACUCAGACAUGGCAUCAGUUGCCAAGGCCAUGGCCUCGCCGGAGUCUGGUCUGGAGGUCAGGGACCGCAUGUGGCUUAAAAUCACCAUCCCCAAUGCUUUCCUGGGCUCAGACGUAGUGGAGUGGCUAUUCCACCACAUCGAGGGAUUCCAGGACAGGCGUGAAGCCAGGAAGUAUGCCAGCAACCUGCUGAAGGCGGGGUUCAUUCGUCACACCGUUAACAAGAUCACCUUCUCCGAACAGUGCUACUACGUAUUCGGCGACUUGAGCGACUGCGAGAACUACAUGGCCAAUCUGUCUCUGAAUGACAACGAUGGCUCCAGCGGGGCCUCAGACCAGGACACCCUGGCCCCGCUGCCACUGCCUGGGGCCUCGCCGUGGCCCAUGAUGCACACCUUCCCCUAUCAGCCCUACCCUACACAUCCCUACUCCAGCCAGCCGCCUCCGUACCACGAGCUCACCAGCUACAGCUACGCUCCUGGCAGCACCGGCAGCCAACACAGUGAAGGGAGCCGAAGCAGUGGAUCAACGAGAAGCGAGGGUGAGCGACGCCGCGGCAGUAAAGGUCCCGGCAGCACAGUGGGUGGAGGGGAGAAAUCACCCGCUGGCGGGGGUGGAGAAGGUGGUGGUGGCGACUCGCGCUCCGGCAGCGGCAGCGAAUCAGAAUACUCCACCCGCAGCAGCCUGCGGCGCGGCCACGGUUCCGCUGCGCCCAGUGAGCACAGCCAUGCAUCCUCCCAGCGCUCACACCAUCACCGCAUGCCCCAGCCCCCCCACAUGUCUCCCUACCCACCGGGUAUCCUGCCUUACAACCCCAUGAUGGUGAUGAUGGUGCCCCAGCACCCGCACCCAGCCAUGGCAGCCGCACACGCUCUUCCUCACACACAGCAGAUGCCCACAGGCCCCAUGCACCCAGCUUUACCUCAACCCCCCUCCUCCGUUCCGGGGGGACCUCCCGGGGCCCCGCCCACCCGGGACCUCGCCUCUGUACCCCCUGAGCUGACUGCAUCACGCCAGUCAUUCCAUCUGGCCAUGGGCAACCCCAGCGAGUUCUUUGUGGACGUCAUGUAGUUUUUCAGUCUCGGUGUUGAGUGACAGUUCAUGUGAAGUUAGUGUACGGUUCCCACUUGUUUGACGAGGAUCUGGCGGGAGCUUGUUGAGCUCACAAGUGCCUAUUGGGUCGCGGGCACUUGUUACAAAUUUGGGGAAAACAGGGUUUAACAUUGACAAAGAAAAUAUGACAAAAAAACCCCCAUCAUAAAUGUGCCAUAUGGUCUGACUAGAUCUGGUGAAAAAGUCUCGUACCAAAUUAUUAAAUAACACUAAUGUCUUUCCAGCCUAAAUCCACAAAGACCAGUUCUGCUUUUUUUAUCUCUGCAAUGAGCUUGUUAGUUUUUCUCAGAAAAUCAAACUCUCAGUUAAGUUUUUUGAGUGCCUGUUAGAGCUGCUUAGCACUCUUGUUUUCUUUUUGCCAUUUAAAACAGAAAUAUUUUUUGGGAGGGGAAGCGCCUUCCCAAGUCACCCAUUCACGUCAGAGCUGCCCAUGCAGGAAACGCACAGACCACAGUUUAACACUAGAGGGUGCCCAGUACACAAGGAUACGAUCUUGUACACUAAAUCUGGAUCAUGAUGCCAGAUGAGUCGGUGGCACAGGAGUAUAUCAAGUGCCUUACUCUUAUUUUUUUUUAAACAUUUUUUAGAGACAUUCUCACACUCCAAGUACGUACAAAUAACUCCUCUUGUACCAGCAUUGUUUGACAAUGAACUUUUCUGUAUAUAUCUACCACUCCAAUGUAAAUGCAAUAAUACAGAACAGCACACUCUAAUGUGAAAAGAAAAUAGGUCCAAAUAUGCCUGGUGAACUUGUGUUGGUUAUCACUGUCUAGGCCUAGUCUUCAGAUAGACUCUUAUUGUGAGGAGUACCAUGGUGUUUGGUGUGGGACUGUAGAGGCAGAACGGUACUAGUUGGUGAAAAUGAGAUACUGAAAGCGGUACUUUUUGAUUACAUGCAGUGUACAUCUUAAGUUACUGUGAUCCAAAUGCCCCCCAGCUCCUCAUGCUUACUUUUAUGUUACUGACUCGCAUUACUCACCUAUUUCAUUUUUUUUGUAUGAGUGACUAUAUAAAUCAUGUGUAACCCAACUAUUAAGGUGCUAAAUGAAGAGUCAACAUAAAAAAAAGAGAAGAGAAGAACGACAUUUUGACAGUGUCACAUUGUUUGAUUUCAUAUCGCCACCUCUGUUUGUGUAUUUGAGAAUAAAUUUGAUACUCUCA